UCGGCGGCUUCCGUUCCAGGUGACUCCCAUUUCCUCGCAGUCUUCUGCUCGUAGGUUGUGCUACAGGCUAGUCUGUGAUAAACAUAGCGAGCUGACGCAGCUGCAACGGUUCACUCUGGAUGAGAGUCGUUGUAAGCUUUAAUGGACAUUUAAAAUGAAGAAACUAAAAAGGCCUGAAUCCUGACGUCGACGUUGCGGUCGAUGACGAUCUGCGGCAGCGCUGGUGACUGACAUGGACGCUGGUGACAUUAAGGAUGUGAAGCUUUCACCUGAAGUGGAACCAUUUAUCCCGCAGAGGAAAGGUUUUGAAGGUCCUAUAAUCAGCAUGAGUCUUUCUGGGGAAGCAGGCGGCGGCGGAGGAGGAGGAGGCGGAGGUGGUGGGGGUAUUGGAGGAGGCAGUGGAGGGGUGGAAGCCACAUCCAUACCCAGCUACCUCAUCACCUGCUAUCCUUUUGUCCAGGAGAACCAACCCAGCAGGCAACAUCCUGUAUAUAAUGGAGGGGAGCUGCGCUGGCAGCAGCCUAACCCCACCCCUGGUGCUCCAUACUUGGCCUACCCCAUCAUGUCUUCCCCCCAGCCUCCUGUCUCCAACGAUUACACUUACUACCAGUUCAUGCCUGCUCCUUGCCCACCAGUGAUGGGCUUUUAUCAGCCCUUCCCAGGCACCUACGCCGGUCCCGUUCAAGCAGGUGUAGUCAACCCUGUCUCAGCAGAGGUCAGCGAAAGACCCCUGUCCCUCGGACUCGCGUAUGGAAUGGCCAGUCAAAGAGGAAGGGGAAUGGUCCGAUCUAAUGUCCCGCCAAAGCAACAUUUGGGUGUUUACCAAGCUGCUCGGGGUCGUCGACCUCCAACAAGAAAUGUAGCUGUGCAGAAGGAGGUGUGCACCUUAGGGCCUGACGGUAUUACCAAGACUGUGAUGCUGGUGGAUGCCGCACAGCAGACGGAAAAACCGAACUAAAAGAAGACGGGCUUCCCACCCGGCCGAAAGCUACAACGAGCAGGGCGCCAGCGAGGCAGACAUAGACAGUGACAGUGGCUACUGCAGCCCAAAACACAACCAGGCAGCUGGGGUGACAAAACGGACCGCAGAAAACACAGCACCGUCUUUGGGAGUAGAGACAGGUGUAGUGACGGGUUCUUGGGUACAUGUGGCAUCUCAGGCAACUCCAAAGUCCUGGGGAGACAGAAAUGGACACUUUCUCAGAGGCGAUCAGAGGAAGAACCCGGAACACAGAAACUUUUCUCAGGAUUUUCACAGUGGCUAUCUGGGCCACAUGCCAUGCAGCCAGCCGGAACAAAGACUGCAGCCGGCAGCUGUCCCAGGCAGCGACCUCACUCCUGAGCCCCUCUACUUUGAGGAUGAGGAUGAGUUUCCAGAUCUACCUGUUGGAGGGUCUGUCCAACGCAGCGCCAAACCAGAACCCGCUACCCCGCAGACGCACGCACAACCUAAACUGCCCAAAAACCUGCUGGAUAACCUACCAGAGAACUCUCCAAUCAACAUUGUGCAGACCCCCAUUCCAAUUACUACCUCUGUUCCCAAGAGGGCCAAGAGCCAGAGAAAGAAAGCUCUGGCUGCUGCUCUGGCUACUGCACAGGAGUACUCUGAAAUCAGCAUGGAGCAAAAGAAGCUACAGGAAGCUUUCACCAAAGCAGCGGGGAAAAAGAGUAAGACCUCUGUUGAGCUGGAUCUGGGAGACAUGUUGGCCGCUCUGGAAAAACAACAGCAGGCGAUGAAGGCCAGGCAACUCAACAACACCAAGCCCGUGUCUUUCACUGUGGGAACAACCACUCCUUUUUACAACUCGGGCUCCUCCAGCUUGCCGUCCAUGCUGAGGGGGCAUCAGCAAUACUCCGCCCCACAUAAUCCCCUUGACUCCACAGCGCCCCGCAUCAAGAGGGGUAAAGAGAGGGAGAUCCCCAAAGUCAAGAGACCAACUGCUCUCAAAAAGAUCAUUUUAAAGGAACGUGAAGGGAAAAAAGGAAAGUCGAGUUUAGAGCAAGAGUCUUUGGGCCAGGAGGAGAAUGGGGAUGAGUGUCUACAUUUUACUGAUGAUCUUUCACGGGAAGCUGCUUCCCAGGAAGAAAAUGGUCUGAGCGUUCCCAGUGAUACAUCUCUGUCCCCGGCCAGUCAGAACUCCCCUUACAGCAUCACCCCGGUGUCUCAGGGUUCUCCCGCCAGCUCUGGAAUUGGUAGUCCAAUGGCUUCAAACGCCAUCACCAAAAUCCACAGUCGGAGAUUCAGAGAGUACUGUAACCAGGUGCUGAGCAAGGAGAUUGAUGAGAGCGUGACCCUGCUGCUGCAGGAGCUGGUUCGCUUCCAGGAAAGGGUCUACCAAAAGGAUCCCAGCAAGGCGAAAUCCAAGCGCCGCCUCGUGAUGGGACUCCGAGAGGUCACCAAGCACAUGAAGCUGCACAAGAUAAAGUGUGUUAUUAUAUCUCCUAACUGCGAGAAGAUCCAGGCCAAAGGUGGUUUAGAUGAAGCUUUAUAUAAUGUGAUUGCCAUGGCAAGGGAGCAGGAGAUCCCCUUUGUGUUUGCUUUGGGCAGAAAAGCUCUCGGGCGCUGCGUCAACAAGCUGGUGCCUGUUAGCGUCGUUGGAAUUUUCAACUAUUCUGGAGCCGAGGGACUCUUCAAUCAGCUGGUGUCUCUGACAGAGGAGGCCAGGAAAGCUUAUAAAGAGAUGGUGUCUGCUCUUGAGCAAGAGCAGGCAGAGGAGGCUCUGAAACAUGACAAGAAGGUCCCUCACCACAUGGGACAUUCCCGCAACCACUCUGCCGCUUCGGCUAUCUCCUUCUGCUCCAUCCUGUCUGAGCCCAUCUCUGAGGUCAACGAGAAGGAGUAUGAAACUAACUGGAGGACCAUGGUGGAGAAUUCUGAUGCCCCAGAGGCUGCAGAGGAAGAGCCGAGUCGCCCUGCGCCUCCUGUAGCCACCCAGAAGGAUGGCGAGGCCACCACAGCUCCUGCCAGUGUCGCCCCGCCCUCCUCUACUGCCUCCCAGCCGAGGGCGGGACCCGCGGCGCAGGGCAGUGGAGACCGAGACGAGGUGCGAGCGGACGACCGCCUGGAGCUGGCCUCCCAGCAGAGCACAGAAACGGGCUCUUUAGACGGGAGCUGCAGGGGGCCGCUGAACUCCUCCAUCACUUCCACCACCUCCACUCUGGUUCCUGGGAUGCUGGAGGAGGAGGAUGAGGACGAGGAGGAAGAGGAUGACUACACUCCCGAACCGAUAUCUGUAGAGGUGCCUACCCUGAGUAGCCGCAUUGAAUCCUGGGUAUCGAAGACCCUGGAGAAUCUGAACUUGGGGAAAAGCCAAGGAAGUACAGAGGAUGAGGAGGAGGAGGACGAAGAGGACAGGGGUCAGAGCGAAGAGGAGGAGGACCUUGAUUCGGCCGAACUGUCAGAGACCAGAAUAGAAAACAAAGAGCAAGCGGAGGUUAAGAAAGUCUCGGGCUGAGUCUGCUCUCCAUCACCGUCUCACCUCCCUCUUCCUCCCACCUCCCUGACAUUCGGCAUCAUCUCAGGUAUUCAACUAUCAAACAGCAGAGACUUUGACCAACCUAGACACACCCAAACAUUCGGUUUGAGGGACGGUAACCAGCAGCUGUUGGAAAACACUAUAAGCUGUAAAGAUCUCCUCACUUCUUCUGCCCACAUACCUGCAACACUUGAAUGCAGAGCGCAGCAUCUGGAUCUUUGAACUCUUUCAGAGAUGUUUACAGUGAUUUGGAGCGGAUUUCUGUCUCCCAGAGGAGAGAAUCCAACUUCAUUCAGAGCUCUGAAAGUUUACAGCUCUGCUUGUGUUUGUUUGUGUGUGUGUGUGUGUUUUGUUUUUUUCUUCAGGCACAUGCUUUGCAUUGAUUUGCUGUUAAAUGGCUUUAUCUUUGUAAAUAAUUUUGCUUCCAUCUUUCUGCUUUGCGUUGGAGGAAGAGCCACAUUACAGAGUGAUCCUUGCUUUUGUUAUUAAAAAAAGGUUGAGGGGUUCUGUUGUACCAAAACCACUCCAACCCAUCAAUCUUCAGAGAGUUUUUAAGUGUCCGAGUAACGAGUGUCUAAUCCUGUAUUUAGGUGAUUUGAAAUGAUUUAACAGAAACAAACUUUGUGCAUAUAACCUCCUUUAGAUAGCUUUACUAAAACCUGUAAUAAUUUGUCUUAUUGAUCUAGUGUAAAAGGUUGUUUUUGUCUGCAACGACUUGUCUUGAAUUUCAGAUGUUUGUUCUGUAUGAAGGAAAAAAAAAAAAACAGAAAAGUGCUCUGAUUUAUUGUCUUAAGUGUUUGCUCUCCCAUGUGACUGCCGAACCUUUAAGAUUCCUUUCACCAUCAAAUUUGCCAUUUAUUUGCUUUCAAAUCCAGUUUGCAGCUGAUUGGGUAAACGAGCAGAGCAGUGAGAUGGAGUCCUGCUUUGGGAUCCCUUGAGGUGUUUACAUUUAGAGCUGAGAUGCCAGAGAAUAAGUUUACCGGAGUUUGCAAAGUUUGGCGUUGCCCAUAAACGUAAAAUAGUACUGGUGCCUGCUGGGAACUGGAAUUUGAUCUCAGCAAGCGCUUUGAAUUUUAUAAACAUUUUUAAAGGAUUUUUUAAAAAGUAAACCAAUCAAGUGGGAACUGUGAGUCAGACUUCGGCACCAUGGUGUCCGUAUGUAAAUACACAUGUACAAGAAAAAUCUUGCAUUUUAUUAAAAAGAAAAAAACACUUUUAUCCUGCUCUUGAAGCCAUUGAUUACUUUUAAAAUGUUAAUAAUUGGAAUCCAAUUUCAUGAUGGUAUUUGAUAGAGAAUUCUAGUGUGAUAUCGGCCCAGUAACAGUGAUGAGUUCAUGUAUUUUGUUGGGCAGUUUGCAAUGUGGGAGAUGAGAUGUCUGUAAAGAAUAUCCAACUAUUGAAAGUAUUUCUAGUUUGAUUGAAGGUACGUUGUGUGUGGGUGUGUUUUUUUUUUUUUUUUUUCUCAUUCGAGUAUUUGAAGUAUGUUUAUUGACAGCAAGUGUGUUUUUUUGCACUAUGUAAAUACAACUCUGGUAAUGGUCUUGUAACUAAUGUGAACAACAAAUAAGGAGGAAAAAAUGGUAUAAUGAAGUACUUUUAUUUUCAGUGUUCUUUGUCUUUAUAUGGAUAUUUAAGAGCGUCUCCCUCUGUAAAUUACUAGAACACAUUGUUAGAGGCCGUCUCUCAUAAUCACAUUAACUUUUACCCUAUAUGGACUGAUAAUUAACAUCAUUAAAAUGUUGUUUAAGUAAAUCA